AUGCGCUGUUUUUCAUGUUAUAUGUCGGAAGAGAAAAAACCAGAAAAAUCAUUGAAGAAGAGCAUUCAAGAAUACGAGGAUACAAGAGCUUUCGCCUCAUUUACUAACAUUUCCUUGAAAACAGAGAGCAGCAGGAAAAGAUAUAUAGCUGAAGAAAUAGAGAAAUACAGAAAGGGAAACAUUGCUGCUCAGAUUUUCACAUUUAAUGAGCUAUCCGUUGCAACUCAAAAAUUCAAUCCCAAAAAUUUGAUAGGUGAAGGCGGGUUUGGGAGGGACAUUGCAGUCAAGAAACUUGACAGGAAUGGUUUCCAAGGAAAUAGAGAAUUCCUCACGGAAAUUUUGAUAUUGAGUCUUCUUCAUCACCCUAAUCUUGUUAAAUUAGUAGGAUAUUGUGCUGAUGGCGAGCAGAGAGUUUUAGUCUACGAGUAUAUGCAAAAUGGUUCACUGGAGGAUCGCCUCCUAGAUAUUAGUUUGAACCAAAAGCCUCUUGAUUGGAAUACAAGGAUGAAAAUUGCGGUAGGAGCAGCAAGAGGACUAGAAUACUUGCACGAAAAAGCUAAUCCUCCGGUGAUUUACCGAGAUUUUAAAGCCUCAAACAUACUUUUAGACGAAAGCUUCAAUGCAAAACUUUCUGAUUUUGGCCUUGCCAAGCUAGGUCCUACCGGUGGCAAAAACCAUGUUUCUACCCCAGUUAUCGGAACCUAUGGCUACUGUGCACCAGAGUAUGCAGCCACGGGUCAGUUGAGUACAAUGUCUGAUGUAUAUAGUUUUGGCGUAGUGUUUUUGGAGAUAAUCACAGGUCGGAGAAUCAUUGACAAUUCAAGACCAAGUGAAGAGCAAAACUUAAUUACUUGGGCACAACCUUUGUUCAAAGACAAGAAGAGUUUCCAUUUGAUGGCAGAUCCAUUACUCGGAGGAGACUACCCCGAAAAGGCACUCUACCAAGCUCUUGCAGUUGCAGCUAUGUGCUUGCAAGAAGAAGCGACUAUACGACCUUUGAUCAGCGAUGUGGUAACAGUUCUUGAGUAUCUCUCUACGGACAAGAGUCAAAAGGAGUCUGAAGAAGACGAUGACAAAGACAACAACGAAGACGAUGACGAAGAGGAAGACAACGACGAAGAGGAAGAAAAAGAAGAAGAAGAAGAGGGAUCCAGAAGGUCUAGUUAG